GAAGUUGGCGCAUUCAGUGCGUGUUUUGUUUGCAGUCAAGAUGCACGUGCAGAACAGUGAGGAAGAAACGAAGCAAAAGGUGCAGAAAAUAAUAAAUCCCUUGAUAUCUAGAUCUCUGCAUCAGCUUCUCAGUUCAAAUGAGAAUGUAAGGAUCCAGAAUGGAUUGAAUUUGGUGCAGCAAUUGCAGCGGCAAUCACAGAAAAAGCAGAGUACCCGGGAGCACAAAUAUGUACUUAAGAGGCUGGUACGGGGCACUGGUGGCUCAAAUAGUGCAUCAAAGUGUGGCUUUUACACAGCCCUCGUGGCUUAUUUGAAUGCAUUUAAGGAGACAGUUUCUUUGGACGAAAUCUUCGAAGUUCUGGACAAUGAGCUGAAGGUGUCCAAGAAAGCCACCACCAAGGAGAAUGCAGAUGCUUUUAUUGGUCAUCUUUUGGUAGUGACAGCUCUGCAGAAAAGUGAAUUGCUUAAGGACAAGAAGAAGACAGCCAAAGCUUUGGAAUAUGUCUUGGCAGCUUCUCAGCAGAAGGCUUAUCACUAUAAACUCUCCUAUAAUUGUUUGAUUGCCUUCCUGACGGGUCAGACUGAGGAAGAAUUUAGGAAGACACUGUUUCCCUUCAUGAAGAAAAACCUAAAGACACCAUGGGAAGAACAAACGAUGCAUUCUCUGCACUUCCUCAUGGAGGCUCAUAUUCGUUUCCCAACGCUCAUUGAUGAACCUUUCCUGGAGGAUUUCUUAGGCAGCAAAACUAUCCUCGAUAGUGGAAGCUUUGAGAAGAUCUUUGAAUUAUUCUGGAAGGAUAAGCCUGAGACGGAAAUAAUGCAGCCUGCUUAUGAUACUCUUGGGAAAAUCUCUGCAACUUCCAAGAAUUUCUCCAAGUUCUGGGCAUUUGUCGUUGAGAAGACAAUAGAGCAUCCGAAUAGAGCCAAGGAAGUCAUCACUGUCAAACUGGCUACUGAUGCCCUAAAUUGCGAGAAUUUGGGCAAAGCCUUUACCAAAAUCUUCAAUGAAAAAUUCCUCGAGAUGAUUUUCACGUCCCUCCGGCAAUCCGGAAGCAAGGAUGAAGUUUUAAAAGCCAUUUAUAUGGAGUUUUUUGAUGCACUGUUUGAAGCUGUGAAGAAGAGGGAGGAUAAGCAGAUGACAAUUGUGAAGAAAUUGGUAACUCAUCCGGGAACUCUCCUCAUUGACAAGUAUCAAUUCUCCAAUAAAAUCCUCCACAGGAUUGUCAAUAUCAUGAAUGGGGAGAAUUUGAAGGAGCUCACGGAAUUUCUGAAAAAAAUUCUUAUUGAUCAGGAAGCAAAAAAUGCCAUGGAUUCUGCAGAGAAAUGGUUGAAUUCUGAAAAAGUGAUUGCAGUUCAGAUGCUCCAGAGAAUAAUAUCAUCGAGAUCACUUGCUACUGAUUCAGAAUGGAAACUCUGUCAGGCCAGAUUCAUCCUCAAUAUUGCGAUAUUCUAUUCGAAUGAUGGAGAAAUUGUGGUGAAGAAGCCAGAAAUUUGUGUGGUUCCCAUUGAAUUGGCCAAUCACAUGAUGAACCUCUUCUAUCAUGGACUCGAAAGUACUUUUUCCACCAUGGAGACCGGAAAGGUGAUACUUAGUGGAUUGGUGGAUCAUUGCAAUGGCAUUUUGACCAAGAAGAAUCCCCAAAAGUAUCUCCGGAGGGACUUUGGCGAGAAGAGCUUGAAGAUUUGGGAGGAAAUGUAUAGAACUGUGAGUGAGUUGGAUGGAGAGAAUUUCCUGGUGUUUCAAGUGCUUCUUCUUUCGAUGGGACUGCAGCUUUUCCGUGAUGCUGAAUUGGCAGAGGAAUCCCUCAGGGAAUUGCAGAGUUGUGUGAUGCGAGCCAGGGAGAAAAAGAGCCAACUCCGGAAGAAUGAAGAGGAACCAGAGUGGAUUGAAGUUCUGAUGGAUUUGAUAUUGCAUCUCCUGUCACAGGGAUCAAGUAUUCUGAAAAAUAUCAUCAAGAAAGUUUUUCCAUCGCUCUGCCCAAAGCUCAAUCUUCCAGCGAUUUAUCAGAUUCUCUCGCUGCUGGACAUGAAAGAUGGUCAGAAUCCGCUCAAGUAUGACAAUGAGGAGGAUUCUGAGGAGUCUGAGGAUGAGGAUGAGGUCAAAGUCAAUGGGAAGCAUGAGGAUUCUGAGGAAGAGAGUGACGACGAAGAGGAUGAAGAUGAUGAGGAUCAGGAUGAGGAUGAAGUUGAUGAUGAAGGAACUGUGUCUGAUAAACUGAGAUCUGCAGUAUCUGCAGCUCUGGGCUUUGGUGCUGCUGUGGAAUCUGACCAGGAGUCAGUGAAUCUAGAUGAUAUGACAGAGGAAGAGGGCAAGAGAUUAGAUGAUGCCCUCUCGAUGGCCUUUAAGAUGUUGAAGGAGAACAAACCUCGGAGGAAAACCAAGAAAGAUCACAGAGAAGAUACCACUCUUGUGCACUUCCGGAAUCGCCUUAUGGAUCUACUAAUGAUCUACCUGAAGCACAAUCCAGAGCUCAGUGUCACUCUCGAGAUCAUGAUCACCCUGUACGACAUGCUGCCCUAUUGCGUCGAUGAGGACUCAAAGUCACUCCUCGGGAAGAUUCAGGAAACCCUAACGGUGCUCGUGAAUGUAAGAAAUUUCCGCAAUGACAGCCAGCAAGAGAUUGACAGUGGAAAUCUACUAAAUGCUCUCAUGAAGCUGUGCAAGAAGAAUGAAAAUCCUCAAUCCAUGGAAGUCAGGAAUAGUUUUGUGAUCAAAGGAAUUAAAUUUAUAAUUUUCUGCUGUUCCAAAAUAUCUGCCCCAUCUGAGCUAAUUGAGGAGCCCAUUGGAAACUUCCUGACAGAAUUCAUCAAUUCCCGGAAUCCCACAUUGUCUUACAAUUUUUUCAGCAACAUUUUCAACUGUCCCUGGAGUGGAUUGUUGCAUCUCACAGAGAAGAUUAUUGAGAAUGGAUUGACAACUACAACCAGAUCAUUCCGGAGGAUUCAGUCUUUUGAUCUUCUGACCAUUCUCUACAAAAACCAUCGACUUUUUCAACUGGACAGCAACAGUGCUUCUAAGACAAUGAAAAAAAUCGAACAAGCUAUUGGGGAUUUUCUCAACAAAAUCCCAUCAGAAUCAGUCUCCCUCCAUGAAUUCAAGAGCCUAACAACUUUUCUAUGGGAAAUUCACAGAUGCCAUCGACAGCUUCCAAUGCUCAAAGCCAAAAUGAAGUGGAAGGAAGCAAUGGAGAAAAUUCAGGAAGUCCGGAUGCAUCUGCAAUUGGACCUAAUAGCCAUGAAUAAUUACUCCAAGAUCUGCAGUGUUCUUGGUGAAACUAUUGUGAAGAACUCCUCCAUUCAGAAGCCAGCUCAAGAGAAUGGAACAGCCGAGGAGGAUACAGUGAUGGCCGAUGCUGAAACAAAUGGAACUUCCCCUGCUAAAGGCAAAAAGCGAAAACAGCAGCCACAUCACCUCAAAAUGAAGAAGACCAAGAAACUGGCUAGACUAGAGGCUUCUGCUGAGGGCUUAGGGGAUGGUAUCAGUUUUGCGGAGAAAGUUGAAUAUUCAGAUGAUGAUUAACACGCUUUUAUUAGAGUUUUUGUCAAUAAAAAAAAAUGAUUUCAAAAAAAA